AUGAAUUCUCCAGCAGCUCCCACAGAUGUGUUGACAAGUGUCCCUACGCUGAAAAGACCAUACCCAUUUGAUACAGAUGAGCAUCACUUGGCGGGCCAUCCGCAGUCGCACAACUCAUCGUCAGAUGCACCGCUUCGCAGUCAGCAUGUCAGCGCCGCCAGCAAUGACAUGGCAUGUUUUGGCAGUAUCAUUGACGUCAAGGUGAAUCCGCAUAAUGUCGUGGCUCUCAAACAAUUUGGCUCCUGGCGAAGGAGUUCAGUGCAAUCUUUUGCUGUCAUUCAAGAAGGCGCUUUCCUUACCUUGAGACAUGAGCAAGUGAAGUUCGGCCGCCUGAACAAGGGCCUUUGCCGACACCUGCACGACCUCGUGGCUAACAACAGACUUCGUUUUCAAGUCUUUAUAUCAAGUAAAGACUUAUUUGCAGCAAUGCGCUCCCAUAAUUGCGAGACUCCGGAUCAUCUCCCUGCAGAAAUCAACAUCUACGGCUCAAAGUUGGAUGCUCGAGAGAUUGGGCGCAUUUUGUCAAAACUUGGCAUAUUUUUACAAUGGCCACAGCAUGGAAUUGGUGCUAUCGAGUACUAUAACCCACAAAUAAUGAAGAUAGAAGGACUUCCAGACCGGCUUCCGCCUGGAGCAUCGCAAAUAUCCACCAGUGACGUGCAUGGAGCACUGGAUGAAGCAGGAGGAAUCUCAGCAAAAGGGCAGGAUACUACAACGGUUGACUCGAUUCUUGAUUCACUGUCGCAUCGUGCCAAUAUCAAGGAAAUAGCUACUGUACCUGAUAUCAAAAGUCAACUCUUUGACCACCAGAAGGAAGCGAUUGACUUCAUCUGUGGAAGAGAAACAGAGCACAUAGACUCUGAGUUAAGUCUUUGGCAAUACAAUGAUAAGGAUGCAGACGAACCAUUUUAUCAGCAUGUCCUCAGUGGAGCAAAGCGGCCAGAGCGUUCCGACGCAAGGAGCGGCAUCAUCGCAGACGAGAUGGGGCUUGGAAAGUCGCUCGUCGUCAUAUAUACAAUUGCAAGCUCUCUCGACCGUGGCGAGGCAUUUGUGGCAGCUGAGAAGAAACAACGUCUUUCACAGCCAGAGAGAAAGGUGGCUUCUAAAGCCACCCUUAUAAUUGCGCCUUCAUCACUAUUGAUCGACAAUUGGGUGGAGGAACUCAACAAACAUACAACCAAUGGUGCCCUUCCGUUCCACAGACACAUCGGUUCCUGGCGACACAAAGAAACACGAUAUCUCCAUGAGCGACCGAUUAUAUUUACGACUUAUGCUACUGUAGCAGCCGAGUUCCGUCGCGGUGACAAUACUCUAUCUAGAAUCAACUGGUUCAGGAUUGUCUUGGAUGAAGCCCACGACAUACGAAAUCGAUCCACGAAACAAUUCCAGGCUGUCGCCAGUAUUGCUGCCUUACAUCGCUGGUGCCUCACCGGCACGCCUAUUCAAAACAGCCUCGAAGACCUCGGAGCAUUGAUAUCUUUUCUCAAAGUACCGAUACUGGAACAGACGCCAGCAUUUCGGAAGCUGAUCACCAAUCCCAUCGAGUCAGGAUCGCGAUCACGCUUCAAGAACCUCAAAAUACUGCUCCGUGCUGUCUGCCUUCGAAGAACACGACAGCAGUGCUUGGACAUACCAGAACCCAUAUCAAAGCAACGAAGACUAGUUUUGACACAAUCAGAACAUUCGGACUAUCAGGACUUACUCGCCCAGGGCCGGAUGGAGAUUGACAUGGCAGUGAGUCGACGUGGAAAGAGCAAUAUCAAUUCCGCCUUUCUCGAAUCGUUACUCAAACUUCGGCUGUUCUGCAACAAUGGUCGUGUCAAUGCGGUGAUGCAAUCCGGGCCUACAGGUCUGCCCACGGACCCAGAUGAGGCCCUGAUCUAUCUCCAACAGCAUGGUCAAGACGUUUGUGCUUACUGUUCUGCGACAAUCUAUUUCAUUAAUGAAGACCCCCGUAAUGAUGGUGGUAUCUUCAUUACUGGAUGCUCUCAUCUGCUCUGCCACAACUGCGUGCCGAUUCAUCUUUCUGAGAAGAAGAAGAGCUGCCCUACUUGUAUCUCUCAGCCUGAUUCAGUAUCCGAAACCACAUUGCCAUCGGUUAAUAUGCACAUCGAGACACGUCGACGGGAUAUAAACAAUGGCAUGGGCAACACUGUGCCGUAUCCAUCAAAGUUGCAGGCGCUCUUGUCAGACGUAAUCCAGGAUUCUCAACACAAGAGCAUCAUAUUUUCCUCGUGGAAGAAGACGCUUAAUCUCGUCAGUCAGCUUUUCACCACCCACGGCAUACGACAUGAGAUCAUCGACGGUUCUGUCUCCUUGGGUAAACGUCUUGGCGUGUUGAAGAACUUCCGGUCUCCUAGUGGAGCGAACAUUUUGCUGAUGACGCUGGGUACUGGAGCAGUAGGGCUCAAUCUGGCAGUUGCAUCGCGCAUAUAUCUCCUCGAGCCGCAAUGGAAUCCGUCGAUUGAAUCUCAAGCCAUCGGACGGGCACUUCGCCUCGGUCAGACGGACCAAGUCAUCAUCAUUCGGUACAUCAUGAAGAACACAAUUGAAGAGAGCAACGUGCUAUUCCGCCAGAAGAGAAAGCUCGAACUAGCAGGUGGAGGGUUCGACCAAUCCGAGAAACUUCAGGCAAUACGGGAUAUCUUUGGCGUUGACAGAAACUCUACAGCAGGGUAA